AUGGAGGUUUGGUCAGCAGGCAAUGUCACUUCAAACACCGAUCUCAUUGGCGCCUGCAUACCAAGAGAAGAAUGUGAUUUUGAGAGAUUAGCCUCCAGUCAGCCUUUCCUCCAACACGUGGGAGUCGACCACCUUCAACUCUUACUGCAAAGUCCAUGGAUAUGUGAUGGAAACAAGACAAUGAAGUUCAAGGCACUCUGCACAUGGUCGCGUGUCUCAACCGUGAAUGCCAAACUCACUAAACGUGAAAGGCACUUCAAGCAUCUCCUGGAGUUGACAACAUGA